UAGUUCUGAGUGCCCGCGUAUCAUCCAUACGCCAGAGUAACGAAGCUUUUCUCUUUCUCGUUUCUGUCGGUCCACCGCAUCCGAUUCACUUUCAUAACAGCGUAUGCUCUUUCCUCUCUGCUGCCUCUUCAACCUUCGCUGCACGAAUCCCGACGCAAACGUGGAAAAAUGGAUCUUCGGAAAUCUAUCUGCAAUCAGACCGACUUCUCUCUUCAGCUGGCGAAACACAUCCUGUCCAAGCAAUCCAACGGUUCAAACCUCGUCUUCUCCCCGUCGUCGAUCCAUGUCGUCCUGAGCCUGAUCGCUGCAGGGUCUAAGGGCCAGACCCUGGAUCAGAUGGUCUCGUUCCUGAGAUCGGAAAGCAAGGAUGACCUCAACACCCUAUCCUCCCAGCUCAUCUCCCUCAUCUUCGCCGACGGGGCCCACAGUGGUGGGCCACAGCUGUCUUUCGUGAACGGCGUUUGGGUCGAGAAAUCUCUGUCUCUGAAGCCUUCGUUCAAAGAUACCGUCGAGAAGGGUUACAGAGCAGAUGCCCAGCAAGUAGAUUUUCAAGCCCAGGCUGUUCAAGUGGCUAAUGAAGUAAACUCAUGGGCUGAAAACAAGACCAACGGCCUUAUCAAAGAGCUGCUUCCUGCUGGAUCCGUCGACGGUUCGACUAGGCUCAUCCUUGCAAAUGCACUCUAUUUCAAAGGAGCCUGGAACGACAAAUUUGAUGCAUCAAAAACCAAAGACUUCGAUUUCCACCUCCUCGAUGGAAGCUCUGUGCAGGUGCCGUUCAUGACCAGCAAGAAGAAGCAGUUUGUCAGCUCCUAUGAUGGUUUCAAAGUCCUUACGCUUCCUUACAAGCAAGGCGAAGAUAAGAGGCAGUUCUCAAUGUAUUUCUUUCUACCCGAUGACAAAGAUGGGCUGCGAAGCUUAGUAGAAAAGAUGGGCUCCGAUUCUGGAUUCAUAGACCGCCAUCUCCCACUCCAAGAAGUCGAGGUGGGCCAGUUCCAGAUCCCAAGGUUCAAGAUCUCAUUUGGGUUCGAAGCUUCCGGAGCUCUGAAGGAGUUAGGACUAGUAUUGCCUUUCACAGGUGAAGGGGAUUUGACGGAGAUGGUGGAUUCACCUGUGGGACAAAAUCUCUUUGUUUCAAGCAUUUACCACAAAUCCUUCAUCGAAGUAAAUGAAGAAGGAACCGAAGCCACUGCUGCUUCCGCUGGUGUGAUAAAGCUGAGGGGUUUGCGUAUGGAUGGGCCCAUCGACUUCGUGGCGGACCAUCCGUUUGCAUUUCUGAUCAGAGAAAAUAUGACUGGAGUGGUGCUGUUCAUAGGGCAUGUACUCAAUCCUCUGCUGGCUGGUUAAGGUAAGCGCCCGUUUGAAAUCAGAAUCUUGGAAUUAUCCAUGCUUUUGUGCAAUUAUUCUCCUGAGUAUAUAUAUGAUCACACAUGAAAUAUUAUGAUAUGUAAACAUGCUUUUUUCAUCCUUUCUUUGAACCAUCUCUUAUGGAUUGGUUGACUUGCUUCUUCA